AUGGUCCAGCUCAAGUCUGUCCUGGCCUACGCCUCCCUGGCCAGCGCCGCCGCGGUGCCUGCGCCCCUCGUCAACUUUGCCGGCGAGAGCGGCCGCUUCUCCGUGAACCUCAAGUACAAUGACCAGUUCAAGCGCGGCGCCUCGGCCGACUUCGACCUCGCCGCCCGCGACGGCAACGGCACCACGCCGGCGCACGACAGCCCCUCGCGGCCCGACGCCGAGUACUACGCGGAGAUCCUGGUGGGCACACCGGCGCAGACGAUGAACCUGCUCUUUGACACGGGCUCGAGCGACCUGUGGCUGUUCGGCACCGACGUGGACGGCUCGGUCCCCGCGGGCUCGGCCCGGUGGAACCACACGGCGAGCUCGACGGCCAGCCUGGUGCAGGACGGCAGCUGGAGCAUCCACUACGGCGACGGGUCCGGCGCCAAGGGCAGCAUCUACAAGGACGCGGUGUCCAUCGCGGGCGCCAGCGUCAGCAGCCAGGGCGUCGAGUACGCCUCCAGCGUGUCUCCCAUGUCCGGCGGCGGCGACAUCCUGGGUUCGCCCGUCUCGGGCAUCGUCGGCUUCGGCUUCGACGGCGGCAACACGGCCAAGCCGCAGCAGAAGACGCUCUUCAGCAACCUGCUGCCGAGCCUGAACCAGCCCGUCUUCACGGUCGACCUGAACCACCAGGCCGACGGCACGUUUGGCUUCGGCUUCGUCGACUCGGGCAAGUACAGCGGCGACCUGACCUACACAGACGUGGACUCGAGCGGCGCGUACUGGGGGAUGACGUCGACGGGGUACCAGGCGGGCGACGGCGACUGGGUGCAGCUCCAGUACAGCGGCAUCGUGGACACGGGCGACUCUACCUUCUACGUGCCGACGGACGCGUACAACGCCUGGAGCGCGCUGCUGCCGUCGGGGGGCGUCACGUCGGACACGGUGGUGCCGGACUUUUGGUUCGGGGUGGGCAGCGCCAAGAUUCGGGUGCCGGGGGCGCACCUGGUGGAGAGCGACGGCAACGGCGGCUACAGCCUGACGAUCAAGGACAGCGGGAGCAACUCGCAGGGCACCUGGGGCUCGCCGUCGAUGACGGGUGCGUACCUGGUGUUUGAGAAUGGCAACAACGGGCCCAGACUGGGCUGGGCCAACUCCAAGUAG